CCGGGGAGUGGCGCAUGCGCGGCCGUCCUGCGAGCCCGCUGAGGCGAGCCGAACCGCGGCGGCGCUGGGAGCCCAGCAGCAGAGCUGUGAGGGACCGAACAGCGGCGCGGGAGCAGCGGCGACGGACAGGUGGAGAGCCCUCGGCCGCGCCGCCGGGAACUGCUGGGCCGCCCGCGGAGCCUCGCGGUCCGGACGUGGCGGCGGCGGCGGCAUCCCGGACGGCCUGUGAAGGAUGCGCCGCCCACUGCCCCGCGCCGCCUGACCGCCCCCGCUUCGGCUUGCGGUGCGCCACAGCCGGGCCCGCGGCCGUCCCCGCCGCGUUGUUGCCCGGCUGCCGCGCCCGCGGGGCCGCGCCCGGCCCGGCCAUGUGGACCCCCACGGAGGAGGAGAAAUACGGCGUAGUGAUAUGCAGCUUUCGAGGAUCUGUCCCUCAAGGGUUGGUCUUAGAAAUAGGAGAAACAGUCCAGAUUCUUGAAAAAUGUGAAGGUUGGUACAGAGGAGUUUCAACAAAGAAGCCAAAUGUAAAGGGGAUCUUUCCUGCAAAUUACAUUCACUUGAAAAAGGCAAUUGUCAGUAAUAGGGGGCAGUAUGAAACUGUGGUUCCACUUGAAGAUUCUAUUGUGACUGAGGUUACAGCAACUCUACAAGAAUGGGCCAGUCUGUGGAAACAACUCUAUGUGAAACACAAAGUAGAUCUUUUCUACAAGCUACGCCAUGUGAUGAAUGAACUUAUUGACCUUCGAAGGCAGCUACUGUCUGGUCACCUUACUCAGGAUCAGGUGCGGGAGGUUAAGCGGCAUAUCACCGUGCGCCUGGACUGGGGUAAUGAACAUUUGGGCCUGGACUUGGUGCCUCGAAAGGACUUUGAAGUAGUGGAUUCAGACCAGAUUAGUGUCUCAGAUCUCUAUAAAAUGCACUUAUCUAGCCGGCAGAGUGUCCAGCAAAGCACAUCCCAGGUAGAUACAAUGCGCCCACGUCAUGGGGAAACCUGUCGGAUGCCAGUGCCACACCACUUCUUCCUCAGCCUGAAGAGUUUCACCUACAAUACUAUUGGGGAAGACACUGAUGUCUUCUUUUCCUUAUAUGAUAUGAGAGAAGGCAAGCAGAUCAGUGAGCGGUUUCUGGUGAGACUGAACAAGAAUGGUGGGCCAAGGAAUCCAGAGAAGAUAGAACGAAUGUGUGCCCUUUUUACAGAUCUGAGCAGCAAAGAUAUGAAGAGAGAUUUAUAUAUAGUUGCCCAUGUGAUACGAAUAGGCCGGAUGCUCCUGAAUGACUCGAAGAAGGGCCCUGCUCACCUACACUACCGGCGACCAUAUGGUUGCGCUGUCCUGAGCAUCCUGGAUGUUCUGCAGUCGCUCACAGAAUUAAAGGAAGAAAAGGAUUUUGUUCUUAAGGUUUACACGUGCAACAACGAGAGUGAGUGGUCCCAGAUCCAUGAGAACAUCAUCCGCAAGUCCAGCGCCAAGUAUUCUGCCCCCAGCGCCAGCCACGGUCUUAUCAUUUCUCUGCAGCUUCUUCGUGGAGACAUGGAACAGAUUAGGAGAGAAAACCCCAUGAUAUUUGGUAGGGGGUUGGCAAUUACAAGAAAAUUGGGAUUUCCUGAUGUCAUCAUGCCAGGCGAUAUCCGCAAUGACCUGUACCUAACCUUGGAGAAGGGGGAUUUCGAGAGAGGGGGAAAGAGUGUACAAAAGAAUAUUGAAGUGACCAUGUAUGUGCUUUAUGCAGAUGGAGAAAUACUGAAGGAUUGCAUAAGCUUGGGUUCAGGAGAGCCAAACAGGAGCUCCUACCACUCCUUUGUCCUCUACCACAGUAAUAGUCCUCGGUGGGGAGAGAUUAUCAAAUUGCCCAUCCCCAUCGACCGGUUCCGGGGCUCCCACCUGCGCUUCGAGUUCAGACAUUGUUCCACAAAGGACAAAGGGGAAAAGAAACUCUUUGGCUUUGCAUUCUCACCCCUGAUGCGGGAUGAUGGCACCACUCUCUCAGAUGACAUCCAUGAGCUCUACGUGUACAAGUGCGAUGAGAAUAGCACGUUUAACAACCAUGCUCUGUACCUGGGCUUGCCCUGCUGCAAAGAGGACUACAAUGGCUGCCCCAACAUCCCCUCCAGCCUCAUCUUCCAGCGCAGCACCAAAGAGUCUUUCUUCAUCUCCACACAGCUCUCCUCCACCAAACUCACCCAGAAUGUGGACCUCCUGGCUCUCCUGAAAUGGAAGGCUUUUCCAGACCGGAUCAUGGACAUCCUAGGGCGGCUGCGGCAUGUCAGUGGGGAAGAAAUUGUUAAGUUUCUGCAAGACAUCUUAGAUACACUCUUUGUGAUUUUGGAUGAUAAUACAGAGAAAUAUGGCCUGUUGGUGUUUCAGUCCUUGGUAUUCAUCAUCAACCUGCUCAGAGACAUCAAGUAUUUCCACUUCCGGCCUGUAAUGGACACAUACAUCCAGAAACACUUUGCUGGAGCCCUGGCAUACAAGGAGCUCAUCCGCUGUUUGAAGUGGUACAUGGACUGCUCAGCAGAACUGAUUCGACAGGACCACAUUCAGGAAGCCAUGCGGGCCUUGGAGUACCUUUUCAAGUUUAUUGUGCAAUCCAGGAUCCUGUAUUCCCGAGCCACCUGCGGGAUGGAAGAGGAACAGUUCCGGUCCAGCAUCCAAGAACUUUUCCAGUCCAUCCGGUUUGUGCUCAGUCUGGACAGCAGAAACUCAGAAACACUCCUUUUCACUCAGGCUGCACUCCUUAAUUCCUUCCCAACUAUCUUUGACGAGCUGCUGCAAAUGUUCACCGUGCAGGAGGUGGCAGAGUUUGUAAGAGGGACUCUGGGGAGCAUGCCCAGUACAGUGCACAUUGGGCAGUCAAUGGAUGUGGUGAAGCUCCAGUCGAUCGCCAGGACUGUGGAUAGCCGCCUGUUUUCUUUCUCAGAGUCCCGCCGCAUCCUGCUUCCUGUGGUUCUCCAUCAUAUUCACCUCCACCUGAGGCAGCAGAAAGAGCUGCUCAUCUGCUCAGGGAUUCUUGGCAGCAUCUUCUCCAUCGUCAAGACCAGCUCUCUGGAGGCAGAUGUCAUGGAGGAGGUAGAAAUGAUGGUGGAGAGCCUCUUGGAUGUGCUCUUGCAGACUCUGCUCACCAUCAUGAGCAAAUCGCAUGCUCAGGAGGCGGUAAGAGGGCAGCGGUGCCCGCAGUGCACAGCCGAGAUCACUGGUGAGUACGUGUCCUGCCUUCUCUCGCUGCUCCGCCAGAUGUGUGACACCCACUACCAGCACCUCCUGGACAACUUCCAGAGCAAAGAUGAACUCAAGGAAUUCCUGCUGAAGAUUUUCUGUGUGUUCCGGAACCUGAUGAAGAUGAGUGUCUUCCCUCGGGACUGGAUGGUGAUGAGACUUCUUACAAGCAAUAUUAUAGUCACUACUGUCCAGUACCUGUCUUCCGCACUGCACAAGAACUUCACAGAGACAGACUUCGAUUUUAAGGUGUGGAAUUCUUAUUUUAGCCUGGCAGUUCUGUUCAUAAAUCAGCCAAGCCUUCAGCUAGAAAUCAUCACUUCAGCCAAGAGGAAGAAGAUUCUAGAUAAGUAUGGGGACAUGCGUGUGAUGAUGGCUUAUGAACUGUUCAGCAUGUGGCAGAAUUUGGGUGAACAUAAGAUCCACUUUAUUCCUGGAAUGAUUGGUCCUUUUCUGGGUGUGACACUGGUCCCACAGCCAGAAGUGCGGAAUAUCAUGAUUCCCAUCUUUCAUGACAUGAUGGACUGGGAGCAGAGAAAAAAUGGCAACUUCAAACAGGUGGAGGCCGAGCUGAUUGACAAGCUGGACAGCAUGGUGUCAGAAGGAAAAGGCGACGAGAGCUACAGGGAGCUCUUCGGCCUGCUAACCCAGCUGUUUGGGCCCUACCCCAGCCUGCUGGAGAAGGUCGAACAGGAAACAUGGCGUGAAACCGGCAUUUCCUUUGUGACCUCAGUCACCCGCCUCAUGGAACGCCUUCUUGACUACAGGGACUGCAUGAAAGGAGAGGAAACAGAAAAUAAGAAGAUCGGCUGUACUGUUAACCUGAUGAAUUUUUACAAAUCUGAGAUCAACAAAGAAGAGAUGUAUAUCCGCUACAUCCACAAGCUCUGUGACAUGCACUUACAGGCUGAAAACUACACAGAGGCUGCAUUCACUCUGCUCCUCUACUGUGAGCUGCUACAGUGGGAGGAACGGCCGCUGCGGGAAUUUCUGCACUACCCGUCGCAGACCGAGUGGCAGCGGAAAGAAGGACUGUGCCGCAAAAUCAUCCACUACUUCAACAAAGGCAAGAGCUGGGAGUUCGGGAUCCCGUUGUGCAGGGAGCUGGCGUGUCAGUAUGAGAGCCUCUACGAUUAUCAGAGCCUCAGCUGGAUUCGGAAAAUGGAAGCCAGUUACUAUGACAACAUCAUGGAGCAGCAACGCCUGGAGCCUGAGUUCUUUCGGGUUGGCUUCUAUGGCAGGAAGUUUCCUUUCUUCCUUCGGAACAAAGAAUACGUGUGCCGUGGCCAUGACUACGAGAGGCUGGAGGCCUUCCAGCAGAGGAUGCUCAGCGAGUUCCCGCAGGCCGUUGCCAUGCAGCACCCAAACCACCCCGACGACGCCAUCCUGCAGUGUGAUGCCCAGUACUUGCAGAUCUACGCGGUGACGCCCAUUCCAGAUUACGUGGAUGUCCUGCAGAUGGAUAGGGUCCCGGAUCGCGUCAAGAGCUUCUACCGUGUCAACAAUGUGAGGAAGUUCCGGUAUGACAGGCCUUUUCACAAAGGCCCCAAGGACAAGGAGAACGAAUUCAAGAGCCUGUGGAUCGAGCGCACCACACUGACCCUCACCCACAGCUUGCCUGGCAUCUCUCGGUGGUUCGAAGUGGAGAGGAGGGAAUUGGUGGAGGUGAGCCCUCUGGAGAAUGCCAUCCAGGUGGUUGAGAAUAAGAACCAGGAGCUGCGGGCGCUGAUCAGCCAGUAUCAGCACAAACAGGUGCACGGCAACAUCAAUCUGCUCAGCAUGUGCCUGAACGGCGUCAUCGAUGCGGCUGUCAACGGGGGCAUCGCGCGCUACCAAGAGGCCUUCUUUGAUAAAGAUUAUAUCACCAAGCACCCAGGAGACGCAGAGAAGAUCACCCAGCUCAAGGAGCUCAUGCAGGAGCAGGUCCAUGUCCUUGGAGUUGGGCUGGCCGUUCAUGAGAAGUUUGUGCACCCAGAGAUGCGUCCUCUGCAUAAGAAGCUGAUUGACCAGUUCCAGAUGAUGCGGGCCAGCCUUUACCACGAGUUUCCGGGUUUGGACAAGCUCAGUCCCGCAUGUUCAGGCACCAGCACCCCACGGGGAAACGUCCUAGCAUCUCAUAGUCCCAUGAGCCCUGAGAGCAUCAAGAUGACCCACCGCCACAGCCCCAUGAACUUGAUGGGCACAGGCCGCCAUUCAUCAUCCUCUCUCUCCUCACACGCAUCUAGCGAAGCGGGAAAUGUGGUGAUGCUGGGGGACAGCUCCGUGGGCGAGGCUCCCGAGGACCUAUACCACCAUAUGCAGCUCGCGUAUCCCAACCCCAGGUACCAGGGCUCAGUCACCAACGUCUCUGUUCUGUCCUCGUCCCAGGCAAGCCCUUCUUCCUCCAGCCUGAGUUCCACUCACUCAGCACCAUCCCAGAUGAUUACCUCUGCCCCUUCCAGUGCCCGAGGCUCUCCCUCUCUGCCAGAUAAGUACCGCCACGCCCGGGAAAUGAUGUUGCUGCUGCCCACGCACCGGGACCGCCCGAGCAGCGCCAUGUAUCCGGCAGCCAUCCUGGAGAACGGACAGCUGCCAAAUUUCCAGCGGGCCCUGUUCCAGCAAGUGGUCGGAUCCUGCAAACCCUGCAGUGAUCCCAAUCUGUCUGUGGCUGAAAAAGCGGUGCCAGCAGCCCCCAGCAGCUGGAGCCUGGAUAGUGGAGCCCAAGAGGCCCAGCCCUUCCUGUCUGCCCACAUGGGGCACAUCCUGGCCCCCCCAGUGCCUCCCCGAAGCCUGCUGCAUGGUCAUUACUCCCUACACUUCGACGCCUUCCACCACCCCCUGGGUGACACCCCCCCGGCCCUGCCUGCCCGGACUCUGCGCAAGUCUCCUCUCCACCCUAUCCCGGCCUCCCCCACAAGCCCCCAGUCGGGUCUGGAUGGCAGCAACUCUACCCUGUCGGGCAGCGCCAGCAGCGGCGUGUCCUCCCUGAGCGAGAGUAACUUUGGGCACUCCUCGGAGGCCCCGCCUCGGACCGACACCAUGGACUCCAUGCCGAGCCAGGCCUGGAACGCCGACGAAGAUCUCGAGCCACCCUACCUCCCUGUCCACUACAGCCUCUCCGAGUCCGCAGUCCUGGACUCCAUCAAGGCCCAGCCAUGCCGAAGCCACUCAGCCCCCGGGUGCGUCGUCCCUCAGGACCCCAUGGACCCACCCGCGCUGCCACCCAAGCCCUACCACAGCCGCCUGCCAGCCCUGGAGCACGAAGAGGGCGUGCUGCUUCGCGAAGACGCUGACCGGCCCCGGGGCCUGCACCGCAAGGCCUCUCUGCCCCCUGGGAGCGCCAAGGAAGAGCAGGCCCGCCUGGCCUGGGAGCACAGCCGCGGGGAACAGUGAGGGGCAGGGAGGCGGCGGGGACACCGCCCGCGGUGAGCAGCUUGCCCAGCCACUCCAGGUCUGAGAAGCAAGUCCCCCCUACCCCAGGGAGCUGAGAGGCCCGGCACUCAGGAGAGAGCCACCCCGAGUCUACGUUCUACUGCCGUGAACUCGUGUGUUGCCAUGUACAGAGGCCACAGCAGCAUGAAGGGUUGUGGCUUCUCUUUUUAGUUCAUUUUCUACGUUUCCAUUUCUAUGGGUUUUCCUUUCUUUCCUUUGUGCAGUAGAUGCUUUCUUCCUCCUGCAGUUCCAGACCACGUGGAGCUAUACGGAGAUAUUGCACAGACAGAAUUGCUUUGCAGCUUUGCAGGGCCCGGGGGUCGGAGCCCAGGCCCUCCCUCCAGGGCAGAGAGGCACAGAAGAAUGGAAAUUGCACUAGGGACUUCUUCCGCUGCUGCAUGGACAGAAGAGCUCAUGGUUGUAUUCAGGGAUUGCAAGGACCACGUGGACUACAUGUCACAGGUGGACAAGGGAGCUACAAGCCGUUUUGCACAAAAGCCUACCCACCCGCCCACUCUUCCAUCCAGGAGUGUGCACCUGAGGGGCUGCUUGGGCCAACCUGCCAGCUCAGGCAUGUGAUCUGGCCUAAGGCACGCCCAGGGCACACUGCCAGGCUUCCGUGGGCCAGCCCUGCCUUCCACUCUACCUUGGAUUUUUCCCUCCAUCGCUUUUAUUUCUGACCAUUUGCUCACUUCCACUCUCAACACACCUCAUGCCCUGCAGGAGCCCCCCUGGCGAAUGGAUCUGCAAAGGUUAUCUCCCACCCUCUUGGGUUUGAGUGGGGGUAUGGAGCCAGAGGGACUAGGCACCUUCCUCCCCCGGGGUCCAGGAGGCCAAGUGUUGAGAGAAGAGCUGGCAUGGGAGUGAGGCUGGGGUGUGGCAGGGGCCGGAAAUCCUCUGAGCUUUCAGAAGUGGCCAGAAUGCCUGUCGUCCAGCUCCUGAAUCAGGGAUUUUCAGCACUACCUCUGAGCAGUGGGGCUGGCUGCCCAGCCAGGCUUCCAGCCCUGAGGACUCGCGGUCAGGUUCUGCAAGCUCCUGGGUAAAGAGGGUGGGAGGGAGCUCCCCCUUCUGGAAGCAGAGAGCCAAGCAGGUUGAAUUAUCCUCUUCCAGGUGGCCAAGUGCAGUUGUCUUCUCAGCCCCUGCCCCUUGUCCCUCGUGCCUCCCUCCCCCACCCCCAACAUACUCCAGGCCCACGGGGACCACCACUCAGGGUUCGGGGCGGGCAUGAGGCUACUUUCUCCAGCCUCCCCAGUCUGUUGGGCAGAGGGCAGUGGUGUCUUUAUAGGAAACUCUUUCAGGUCAGGGCAUUGAUUUUCCUCUUGGUUCAUUAUUUGGGGGGAUAGGGUGGGAUGGGGAUAGUAUCUUACCAGGGUGCUUCUAAGUUACUU